GAUUUAUGGAAACCGCAUCUCGAUGAGCUUGUGGCAAAAGUAGACGCAAACUUUGAUGCAAUGUUCAAAAAAAUGGGAGGUAUGGGAACGGUCCUAAUCGAAGAAGAUCCUGAUUUUGGCAAAUGGGGUCUCACCAUCAAAGUCUCCUUUAGAGAGAACGAGCCUUUGAUGCCUUUAAACGAAUACGCGCAAUCGGGUGGAGAACGAUCUAAAUCAACAGGCCUAUUUCUCAUGGCGUUGACUCAAAUAGCCAAGACACCAUUUUGUGCAGUUGAUGAAAUCAAUCAAGGUCUGGAUCCUGACAACGAACGAAUGUUACAUAACCAAGUGGUCGCGUCUACGUGCCUUGAUACGACAUCUCAAUACUUUCUCAUCACACCCAAGUUACUACUAAAUCUGAACUAUCAUCCAAAAAUGCGUGUCCUUUGUAUCAACAAUGGACACUGGCUUCCGUCCGAAUUCAAGAUCAGAGGUUUUCUUGAAAAUGCGAAGAAGAACCGUCUCCAACGUGCCAGACAAUGAAAAAGUUACAGCAAACUAAACUCUCUUGAUCAUUCUCUUUUUCUCCAUCGUCUUUUUGUAACACUUUAUUGUUUUGAUUUGGAUGAGAGACACAUCGAUUCAAAAGAAGUUUCAUAAUUCAUAUUCUUCUGCUCAAAUAAACACAAUGCUGAUGUUAACGAUUGUAUAUGUGUAAAUAUGGUUCAUGAGCAUAUC